UAAAAAAGAACACACACGCCCACAACGAGAAGAGAAGAAAAAAAGAUUGAAAAUCUACCAAUAAAAUUUUGAAAUCAGGAGAAAUAUUAUUAAAAAUUUUCCUCUUUUUCAAUGAAAUCUUUUGGUUUAUGUCUGUUUAUUCUCCUAUCUUCUCCAUAUAUCCUUCAAGCCAAUCUCUCGUCUGAUUAUUACACCAAAACAUGUCCUGAAUUCGAGCAAACACUCGUCCAAAUCGUCACCGAUAAACAAAUCGCAGCUCCAACAACAGCCGCAGGAACACUCCGUCUCUUUUUCCACGAUUGCAUGGUCGAUGGCUGUGACGCCUCAAUCCUCGUUGCUUCUACUCCACGUAAAACCUCUGAACGUGACGCAGAUAUCAACCAUUCUCUACCUGGAGACGCAUUCGACGUAAUCACACGUAUCAAAACCGCCGUAGAACUCAAAUGUCCCAACGUCGUUUCUUGCUCUGACAUUCUCGUUGGUGCAACACGUAGCUUGGUCACAAUGGUCGGAGGUCCGAGAAUUAACGUUAAGUUCGGUCGGAAAGAUAGUCUUGUCUCUGAUAUGAACCGUGUUGAAGGAAAGCUAGCUCGACCUAACAUGACUAUGGAUCAUAUCAUUUCGAUUUUUGAAUCUAGUGGUCUGACAGUUCAAGAAAUGGUUGCUCUUGUUGGUGCUCACACGAUUGGUUUCUCUCAUUGCAAAGAGUUUGCGAGUCGGAUCUUUAACAAGUCCGAUCAAAACGGUCCGGUGGAGAUGAAUCCGAAAUACGCUGCGGAGCUGAGGAAGCUGUGUGCGAAUUACACCAAGGACGAAGAGAUGUCUGCGUUUAAUGAUGUUUUUACCCCUGGAAAAUUUGACAACAUGUACUACAAGAAUUUGAAGCAUGGUUACGGGUUGCUCCAGUCGGAUCACGCGAUUGCGUUUGAUAACAGGACGCGGUCGCUGGUGGAUCUUUACGCAGAGAACGAAACGGCGUUCUUUGACGCGUUUGCCAAGGCCAUGGAGAAAGUUAGUGAGAAGAAUGUGAAGACGGGGAAGCUUGGAGAAGUAAGAAGACGGUGUGAUCAAUACAAUGACUACAAGGGGUAAAUUAGAAAGUUACCUCUUUUAACACAUUCAAAAAAGAAGAAAAGUUUCAUAUUAUUUUGGACCAAGUGGUCUUGUGAUUGAGUUGCUAACAUUUAUCAAAAUUGAAAAUGUAUCAAUCAUGAUUCAUAUGCCUUGGGUGGAAAAAAAUUUCUCU